ACGUAGCUUUUAUGCAUAUGUAAAAAAGAAAUAGGCAAGAAAAAAAGAGAGCCUUUGUGAUCGAACAAAGAGGACAACAUUUGAGAUUUCUUUCUUCUUACGUUACCUCUCUCUUAAACAAAACAAGAAACAAGAUAACAACACAAAUAAGUUUGAGAAAAAAACUUUUUGAUUUGAAGAUAGUAACAUUUUGUGUAGUUUUCUUAACCAGAAACUCAUAGCUCUUGGACAUCUAUAUGAAUCUAUUUCUUUGUUAAAUAGGGUUUUAUCUACUCCACAAACAUGUAUGCAUCUGCAAGUUGAAUAUGACCUCACCUAUGAAGGGUCUAUUAAAAGGUUUGAGGUACAUUGCUCGUAUCUUCGAGGAUGAGAAGGAACCAGAGAUGCAGAUUGGAAUACCAACCGAUGUCAAACAUGUUGCUCAUAUAGGAUGGGAAGGGCCCUCAGCUACCACCCCAAGCUGGAUGCAUGAUUUCAAGCCUACCGAUCAAACGAAGACUGAGACGAAAGGAACAUCUAACAAAAAACCUGGGAGUUCCGGGGAGAAACAUAGGAAGGGAAGACGUAAAACAUCAACAGGAAACAACUCACCUACAGAAUCUCCAUCAAGGGUAGGAGGAUCAGUAAGGCCAUCAAAACGCAACACGGGGAAACAAAGAGAGCAGAACACGGGUUCAGGGUCAGAGUCAGGUUCAGGAUUAGAGUUACCUCAACAGACUGAUCAGUUUGUUGUACCAAAACAAUCAAAGCAAAAAAAGUCAAAAGGAUCAGCAACAGGAGGAGGCGAACCUCCUCCAUCUAAUGAACCAUCAAACAAGAAAGAAACAGAUAUAUCUGUGAGAGCGGUUUACCCUUGUGCGGGUCUUGGAAGUUCUACAGGAAGAUGAAAGAUGAGGAACAAAGAAAGAGAGUGUUAUAUUUUCAAGAUUAGACUAGAGUGUGGUGGUGGUGGUGGUAUUGUUUCUUCUCAUGAUUGAUCUACACACUUUAGUCUUUUCUCUCCCUUUUGUUGGAAAUGCCUUUGCAUUACAAGACCAAUGUUUUAUAUCGCGUCGAGAAAAGAGAACCCUUUGAUGAUUGUGAACCAGGGAUGUGAAAUAUAUGCUUGCUUAACACUCUUAAAUUAUUCUCAAGGAAUCUUUCGAUUGUGUUCUUAGGAUUCAAUUAGUAAUAGACUUGAGUGUGUUUGACAUAUCUAUUGGGCUUCGAUUGUUUGUUGCGUUUACAUGUUAUAAUAGGUUUUUAUUUCUUGGUUCAAACGAAACCAAAACUUAAAA